AUUCAAUUUUAAUUCUUCUUGCUUCUAAGAGUAAGAAUUUUUCCUAUUUCACCAUUUGGAAGGAUGUUUUAUCACAACAACAGCACUUUUCACCCAACCACAUUUUUCCUCAUUGGAAUUCCAGGUCUAGAAAAGAUCCAAACCUGGAUAUCCUUGCCAUUUUGCACAGUUUACCUUAUGGCUUUGAUGGGCAAUGUCACCAUUAUACUAGUAAUCAAGACGGAGCAAACCCUUCGGGAGCCCAUGUUCUACUUUCUGGCCAUUCUUUCAACAGUUGACUUGGCACUUUCGACAACGUCUGUGCCUCGCAUGCUGGGAAUCUUCUGGUUUGAUGCUCAUGAGAUUAACUUUGGAGCCUGUGUGACCCAGAUGUUUUUGAUCCAUACCUUCACUGGCAUGGAAGCUGAAGUCCUGAUGGCCAUGGCAUUUGACCGUUAUGUGGCAAUCUGUGCUCCACUCCACUACACAACCAUCCUGACCGCCCGCGUUCUGGUGGGCAUCACUACAUGCAUUGUAUUUCGUCCAAUUUUGCUUACACUUCCGAUGGUCUAUCUCAUCUAUCGUUUGCCCUUUUGUCAGGCUAAUGUAAUAACCCAUUCCUACUGUGAGCACAUGGGUAUUGCAAAAUUGUCCUGUGGAAACAUCCGCAUCAAUGGUAUCUAUGGACUUUUUGUGGUAUCCCUCUUUCUUCUGAACUUAGUCCUUAUUGGCAUCUCUUAUGUCUACAUUCUCCGUGCUGUCUUCCAACUCCCAUCCGAGGAAGCAAGGAUCAAAGCCUUAAGUACCUGUGGCUCCCAUAUUGGGGUCCUCUGUGUUUUCUAUAUCCCCUCCGUCUUCUCGUUCCUUACUCACCGGUUUGGACAAAACAUACCACACUAUAUUCACAUUCUUAUUGCCAACCUCUACUUGGUUCUCCCACCUUCCCUUAACCCCAUAAUUUACGGUGUGAGGACCAAACAGAUAAGAGAGCGAGUACUCCGUGUCCUUAUUAAAAAUUAA